AUGGAUAUCGAUAACAGUCUUCACAAGCAAGCUGCUGAAGUGUUUAAUGGAAGAGGCGAGAGCUCGCGUUCUCGUUCCGAUGCUAGCGAGGCACAGCCUAGUGCUAAAAGGGUUAGGGUGCAGAUGCCGAAGGAACUAACUUUUAAGGACAUAUAUGAAAACAAAGAGUUGUUUGAGGAGGAUGACGAGGAGGAUACUGAUUGGGAGCCGUGUCCGGUGGAGAAGUCUGUUGAAAUCAUCAAGUGGUUCUGUAAAAACUGUACCAUGGAUAACCUAGACAAUGAUAUCUGCUGCGAAGUGUGUGGGGAGCAUAAAGAUUCUAAAAUCCUAAGCCUUGGGCAUUUUGCAUCGCCAUUUGCACAAGCUGGAGGUCUGAACGAGACCCAACCAAGUAUAAAAGUGAUGAGAGAUUUUGACUCUCAGGAAUCAGCUGCAAACAAUUCUACGGCAAUUGGCUUUGAUGAAAGAAUGUUGUUACAUGCAGAAGUUGAAAAGAAAUCGCAUCCACACCCUGAAAGGCCAGAUCGACUUCAAGCAAUUGUCGCUAGUCUUACGAGAGCUGGUAUAUUUCCAGGAAGAUGCUAUCCAAUUCCUGCUAGAGAAAUCACGCAAGAAGAACUUAUGAUGGUUCAUUCUUCGGAGCAUAUUGAAUCUGUGGAAGUUACAAGCAAGUUAAUGUCUAGUUAUUUCACUUCCGACACAUACGCCAACAAGCAUUCAGCAUGUGCUGCUAGGCUUGCAGCUGGGUUAUGUGCUGAUUUGGCAUCAGCAAUUGUUUCUGGGCGUGUCAAAAAUGGAUUUGCUUUGGUUAGACCUCCUGGUCAUCAUGCCGGUGUAAAAAAUGUGAUGGGGUUUUGUCUUCACAAUAAUGCCGCAGUGGCAGCAUUGGCAGCUCAGGCUGCAGGGGCUAGGAAAGUUUUAAUUUUAGAUUGGGAUGUUCAUCACGGAAAUGGCACACAGGAAAUAUUUGAGAAAAACAAAUCAGUCUUGUAUAUUUCAUUGCAUAGACACGAGGACGGAACAUUUUAUCCUGGUACUGGAGGUGCUCAUGAGGUUGGUUACAUGGGUGCAGAAGGAUACUGUGUGAAUAUUCCAUGGAGUCGAGGUGGUGUGAGUGAUAAUGAUUACAAUUUUGCAUUUCAGCAAGUUGUACUUCCUAUAGCUUCUGAAUUUGCUCCAGAUUUUACCAUAAUAUCAGCAGGAUUUGAUGCUGCCAGAGGUGAUCCCCUAGGAGGUUGUGAUAUUACUCCCUCUGGCUAUGCACAGAUGACACACAUGUUGAAUGCCCUAUCUGGUGGAAAAAUGCUUGUUAUUCUUGAGGGGGGCUAUAAUCUUCGUUCUAUAUCAUCUUCUGCAACUGCAGUAAUCAAGGUAUUACUGGGUGAGAAUGUACCCGAACUGGAAAACAGUUUUCCUACGAAAUCUGGCCUGCAGACUGUUUUUGAAGUCCUCGACAUUCAGAAUAAUUUUUGGCCUUCCUUGAAACCUAUCUUUGAAAAUGUGAUGUCACUUUGGGAAAUGCGCUGUCUUGGAAAAAAAGUUGUAGUCAAACAGACAAAAAAGAGACGCCGAAUUUUGGUACCAAAAUGGUGGAGGUGGGGUCGUAGAAGUUUCUUAUUCCGAAUGCUGAAUGGUCAUCGCCAUUGCAGUGUAAAAUCAAAAUGA